GGGAUCCCUGGGCCCCGCGGCUGCCACGGAGCCCUGCCGUGUGGCCUCGCCGCAAGUCGCUCACGUCUCAGCCUAGUGGCAGGCUAGGCCCGGGUUCCGUGCCGGCGGCAGCAUGAAGUGCCUGGUCACGGGCGGCAACGUGAAAGUGCUCGGCAAGGCUGUCCACUCCCUCUCCCGAAUCGGGGACGAGAUCUACCUGGAACCCUUGGAGGACGGGCUCUCCCUUCGGACGGUGAACUCCUCCCGUUCUGCCUAUGCCUGCUUCCUCUUUGCCCCGCUCUUCUUCCAGCAGUACCAGGCGGCCAGCCCUGGUCAGGACCUGCUGCGCUGUAAGAUCCUGAUGAAGUCUUUCCUGUCCGUCUUCCGUUCGCUGGCUAUGCUGGAGAAGACUGUGGAAAAAUGCUGCAUCUUCCUGAAUGGCAGCAGCAGCCGCCUGGUGGUCCAGCUGCACUGCAAGUACAGGGUGAGGAAGACUCACAACCUGUCCUUCCAGGACUGCGAGUCCCUGCAGGCCAUCUUCGACCCAGCCUUGUGCCGCCACGUGCUUCGUGCCCCAGCACGGGUCCUGGGGGAGGCUGUUCUGCCUUUCCCACCUGCGCUGGCUGAAGUGACGCUGGGCAUUGGCCGUGGCCGCAGGGUCAUCCUGCGCAGCUACCAGGAAGAGGAAGCAGACAGCACCGUCAAAGCUAUGGUGACUGAGAUGAGCAUUGGAGAGGAGGAUUUCCAGCAGAUGCAGGCCCAAGAAGGGGUGGCCAUCACUUUUUGCCUCAAGGAAUUCCGGGGGCUCCUGAGCUUUGCAGAGUCAGCAAACUUGUCUCUUAGCAUUCACUUUGAUGCUCCAGGCAGGCCAGCAAUCUUCACCAUCAAGGACUCUCUGCUGGAUGGCCACUUUGUCUUGGCCACACUCUCAGACACUGACCCACACUCCCAGAACCUGGGCUCCCCAGAGCUCCACCAGCCAGUGCCUCAGAUCCGAACCCACAGCACACCUCACCUGGAUGACUUUGCCAAUGAUGACAUUGACUCUUACAUGAUCGCCAUGGAAACCACAGUAGGCAGUGAGGGCUCAAAGGUACUGCCCUCCAUUUCCCUUUCACCUGGCCCGCACUCAGAGGAGGAAGAUGAAGCUGAGCCCAGUACAGUGCCUGGGACUCCCCCACCCAAGAAGUUCCGCUCGCUGUUCUUUGGCUCUAUCCUGGUCCCUGUACACUCCCCCCAGGGCCCCAGCCCUGUGCUGGCUGAAGACAGUGAGGGUGAAGGCUGAGUUGAGAACCUGAAGUCUUGUCCAGAGGCCAUGGACUAGAAGUCCUAGCCAGCACGGGCCUGAAUCUCAGCCCUGGGGCAGGGGGUCAUAAAGGUGGGCUGUGCUGGAGCUAAGCUGGCUGUUCUGCUGCCUCCUGCAGGCCAUUGACCUUGAUGGGCCUGGGACCUGUAAUGUCCUCCCAAUUAUCAAGCGAUCUUGUCUGCUCCCAGGCCUGGUGCUGGGCAGCCAUCUGACAGGAGCCUUUUUUUAACUGCAGAGCCUCAGGUCAGAUUCUAGCCAUCUGGCUUGGGCUGAAAGCCUGCCUUCCUCAGGCUCACCUAAGAAAAAAAAACCAGUGGGGCUGCUGGUCCCUGCUGAUCCACCUUCUCUGCCAAUCAUGACCUGUCCCUCCCUCAAAUCCUGGGCACACCUCUGGGACCCUCUAUGGCCAGCACAGACUGUUUUUCUUGUUUUCCCAGUACUCUUUGGCCAUGGCUUGGACUUCUAAGAACCUUUGGCCCUGAGUGUGUGGCUGGGAUUGCCCUGGCUGGGGCCCUGUGCCCAGUAAGCCUGCCCUCUUAAGUGGCUCUGUGCAGAAGGGCUGCCAGGCCCAGUUUUUGGGACAAGGGAGACAGAGGCUGUGGCGAGAAUCCAGCUUUGACCUUUAUUCGAGAGACCAGAUGGGUUGCCCCAGGAUCAGCUGCCAGCCCUGAGGCCAAGCAAGGCUGGAGACCCACAAUCUGGCCUGCCAUUGCCCUGAGCUGCAGCCUCGGCCCCAGGAUCCUGCUUGCAGCCACUGCAGGUGCAGACAGGAGGGAGCCCUGAGGGAUUGGAC